AGCGAGUGCCCGUGCUGAUUAACGGGCCGCUAAUGAGCCGCUGCCCCGCCCCGUGCUGAUUAACGGGCCGCUAAUGAGCUCCGGCUGCAGCCCGCGGGGAGCGGAGCCCGAAGGGGCGGCUCUUAGGGCCCGGUAACGGCGCGGGGUGGGGGGAGCCCCGGCGCCGGCCCCGUCCCGCCCCGCGGAGCGUGCGCGGAGCCGGCGGGCAGCGCGGCGGCGGGAGCGCCAUGCCGGGCCCCGAGCCCAUGCCCGGCUACGGGCUGCUGCUGCGGCGGGGCUACGGCAGCCUGGCGGCGGCCGCGCGAGGCUGCGCCGACUGCGGCUGGGAGCUGUCGCGCCGGACCUGGGCCGAGAACGCGCACCUGGGCUGGGGCGAGGUGCUGCUCUGCGCGCUCGGAGCGCUGGGCUGGACCGCGUUGCGCCGCGCCGCCGCUCGGAGCCUCUUUGGGCCCUUUGGGGAGUGGUGCAACCUGCGACCGAAAGAUGCUGCCAAGAUGCCUGAGAGUGCCUGGAAGCUGCUUUUCUACAUGAUAUCCUGGUCAUAUGGCAUCUACCUGCUCUUCUUCACUGACUACCCCUUCUUCUAUGACCCACCAUCUGUCUUUUAUGGCUGGCAGAAGGGCAUGGACGUGCCCACGGACAUCGCCAUCGCCUACCUGAUGCAGUGCAGCUUCUACGGGCACUCCAUCUACGCCACCGCCUACAUGGACACGUGGCGCAAGGACUCUGUGGUCAUGCUUCUCCACCACGUCAUCACGCUGACCCUCAUAGCCUGCUCCUACGCCUUCAGGUACCACAACGUGGGCAUCCUCGUGUUCUUCCUGCACGACGUCAAUGAUAUCCAGCUGGAAUUCACCAAGCUCAAUGUCUACUUCAAGCACCGGGGGGGUGUCUACCAUCGCCUCAAUGAUGUCCUCUCCAACAUCGGCUGCCUCACCUUCAGCAUCAGCUGGUUCUGGUUCCGUCUCUACUGGUUCCCCCUCAAGGUGCUCUACGCCACUUGCUACUCCAGCCUCCAGUCGGUCCCUAAUAUCCCCUUCUACUUCUUCUUCAAUGCUCUGCUCCUUGUCCUCACUCUGAUGAACAUCUACUGGUUUCUGUACAUUGUCCUGUUUGUGGCCAAGGUGCUGAUGGGGCAGAUGCAAGAGGUGAAUGAUGUGCGUGAGUACGACAUGGAGGACAGCAAGAAACCCACAACGGCCAAGAAGAGAGAGGCUGGGCUCCAGCUGCCCAGUGCUCUGAAAGAAGGGAUGCACCUCAAGAAUGGACUUGUGAAGAACAAGCGGUUGUGAGGGACUCGCGGCCGGAGCUGGGGCUGACCCAGGACCCGACUCAAACCCAGCACGAGGAGAACUUCAUCCCUGACACCCCUUCACCCCCUGCCCGGAGCCGGGGAAGAGACGCCACUGGCAGGAUCAGGCCCCUCCUGGGGCUUGGCUGUGACCAGGCUUCACCUGAUGCUCAUGUGCUUUGUGUAGCCAGCCCGUGCUGGUUCAGCUGAGAGGCUGGUGGCUUUGCUGGUCCAGGUAGGAUUUGGAGCUGGCUUUAGGUCCCCUGGUGUUUCUUCUGUAACUCCAUCCCUUGGCUGUUCUCAGUCCCUUUGUGAUAUCCUCUGUCUUUACUGUUGGACCCUCCCACCAACCCUUCCUCAGCAGCUCUUGAAGGCUCCUCUGACCCGGCAUCAAACUGGGGAGGGAAACGUCCUCUCCUGCAUGGGCAGCACCGUCCCAGGCCAGGGGAGCCUGAAGCCAGCUCUUCUCUAGCUGCUGAGCAGGGACUAGAGGGGAUGUGAUGAGGCAUCUCUGAGCCUUCCUCCUCAGGGGGGUCACUAGUGCAGAGCUGCCCACAUCCGUCUGGAGGCACAGCACAGCUUCCACGAGCCAGUCUGCCUGGAAACCCAGCCCUGGAGCGUUAGUCCAGCCUCCUGGCCUGUCAGAUGAGGGCCAGGAGCUUUAGUUUGCUUGAAAAGCCAAUGUAGAUCUUCUAGUUGCUCAAAAAGCCAGUCCUAGUCCUGCAGGGUCCCCUGCUGAGGGGUCUCUAGACCCUCACCCAGCAACAUCUGCUUGCUCAAGUGAAGAACAAAUAGUUCCUGCUCCUCGGGUUGGUUUUCCAGGCAGGGCUGGCCUGAGCCUUGCCCCGAGGCUGGGCUGUGUCUGCGCCGGGCAGCCCCAUCGCUCUCCCCUUGCAGGGCCAGGGCUGCUCCUGUGUCUGUGCUGGGAUGUGCAGCUCCCUCCCAGCAUGAGGGGGGGAUUCAGGGCAAUAAUCCCAGUUCAUUGUGGUUUUAUUCUGUGUUUGGGCGCUGUAUCGAGUCAGCUCCAGGCUCCUGUGAGCCCUGGGGAAAGCUCCUCUGGAAACAGAGAGCAAAAGGUGACUUGGGCUGAUGGAGCCUGGCCCAGGCUGUGGGACCCGGACCCUCCUCACCCGCCGCCGUCUCCGCUUUAGUUCCUUGGCUUUUAAGUGGGAUUUGCAGGAAGGAGGAAACAAAGGGAGCUGAGAUCCCGGGUGAUGCCUUGUCUCGUGUGUGGAUAAACUGGAUUUUAUAGCACUGGCUUCAGCAUUCAUCUGGUAACUCCAUGGCCAGACUGUGGGGGUGUGUGUGACAGCAGGUUUGCUGCCUGCAGCCCUGCUGGCAUGGAGAGAAAGGGGCAGGGACCCGGCUGGGGAUGGGUGCUGAAGGUGGGUGCUGAUGGCUUCUUGUGCCGCCCGGGGGCUGUGCCUGUAGGCAGAGAGCUGAAGGAAGAGUUGAAGGGUUUGGGGUGCUGGAAGUUGAUGGCCUUAAGAGAGAAAAGUUGGAUGCUGUGAUUGAGAAAACAAUGAGGGAGCGGGAGGAGACCCAGCUCCGUGCCUGCGGAUCUGGGUGGGAUGUGUGUGCAGUGGGUGGGAGCAGCUUUGUGUGGGGAAGAGCAGCCUCUUCCCUGUCAUCAAGGACUUUUGUUGGACCCGGAUGGUGUGGAGAUAAGGGAGAUUGCAGGAGCUCAGAGGGAGGAGCAGCAGCCUCAAAGGGUUAAGAGGUCCAAGGGAGCCCGGAGGGAUGCUCCCACCCUCUGCCCAAUCCUGGGAAUCCCUCGUGCUAAUUGAGCACUAACCAGAUCAAAGGCUCCAAUUGGCCAUCGACACCCCCUGGCCGCUGUCUUCAGGUCCCCAGCCCAGGCUGCUCUUUGUCUGCAGGAAGGAGUGGAGCAAUGUGGCUUCUCCCCAGCUUUCAGGCCAGCCUGGCCUGGGCUCUCCUCAGCGCGGCGCUGGCCACACAGUUAAGUUUGCAGGAAAGUUUGCUGUUAAAAUCCCUGGGUUUGAGCACCAAACCCAGCCCCAAAACCCACGGUCCUGUUCCCUGUGUGCUGUGGCGGAUCUUCCAGAGGAGGAAAACGCUGCCUUCCACAAGCAAAGACCUGGGAGAUGCCUGUAGGGUGGAGGAAUUUAAUGUCCCCGGGAACAUCAUCCGUGUCUUCGCUGACCAAGGUACAGAAACGCCCUGGUUUGGGUCCUGUCUUUUGGAAGCUCUUUGGGCUGGGGACUUGGCUUCUGUCCUUCCUUGGCUGUCUCUCGGGUGCAGGUAGGAGAGGCUGGGAGAGGACAGGGCAGUGCCCAGUCGCUGCUGUGUGAGCUCUGGACCCUCUGGGUGCUGCAGAUGGUUAUUUACAGCUAGAAAUGUGGGUGAGGGUGAGGGUGUGGAGCUGUGCGAGGCUCUGUCCUGGAGCCACCUACAGCAGCCCAGUGGUGCUGGUUUGAUCCCAGGUGACUUGGCCCAUGGGGCUCAUGGUGGUGACGUGGCUUCUCCAUCCGCUGGGGCUGUGGGUGCAGCGAGUGGGACCAGCAGCACCCAGCAUGGGGAAGGGACGGGUUGUGGCCAUUUGGCUCUGUCCCUCCUCCCGUUUGUCUUCCUUCCCCUGCCUGGCCACGCAGCACAUUGAGCUGCUUCAGCCUGAGGCCCAUCUGAGCCAUUCCCACUUACCCAGUUGUCCUCUGGGUCUCUCGUGCUUCCAGGUUUCCAGUGAAAAGCUCGGGCUGGCUAAAACAGGCACGUUACCAGCUCCUAAAGUUUGCGGCUGUUUGCAAUCCUGUCCCCUCCAUCCCAACCACCCACCCCCUGGCCUGGGGAAGAUAGUUACAGCUGGGGAAGAAUGCGCGCCAAAAUGUUAAGUAGCAUCCAGAGGAGGUGCUGGCAUGGCUGUAGCAUCCUGGUGCUCCAGCCCAGGCCAGCGUUGGUGCCUCCAGCCCUUUCUGAAGGCUGUGCCAUGGGGCUGACAGCCCUUGCUGCAGCUUUGUCAUCUCCAGCCAGUGCGUUUGGCAGCCCUCUCCUGUCAGCCCCAUCUUCCUCUCACUGCGCAGCCAAGAGCUCAAACAGGAGCUGCUCCUGCUCAGUGUAACAGGGUUCAACCCCCCCCACCUCUUUCUCCUUCUUUGUCAGGCCACUUCAUUCACAACGGGCAGCCCCCCAGGCUGCUGUGCCUGCGGAAGCGCCUGUACUUUAACCUCUCCGUGCUGGAGGAGGACGAGCGCCUGACCAUGGCUCAGUUGGAGAUCAAAUUCAGCCACAACUCCUACCCUAGCCCCAGCCAGGGGCAGGGCUUGGAGCUGAGGCUCUACCGCAGCUCCCGGCUGGCUCUGCAGGGGACACCGGCCCCUGAGCGCGGCCAGAAGCUGCUGGUGGAACGGUCCUUUGUGCAGCUCCACAAGUCUCUUGUCUUUGACCUGAGCGGGGUGGCGAAGGACUGGAGAACGCACAGCAGGAACCUGGGCUUGAUCCUGGAGAUCACGGAGAGCAGCGGCGAUGGUGCCUCAGCCCUGGGGAGCGGCGGCUGCACCAGCAUCAACUCCUUCCUGGACACGUCCCUCCUGGUGGUGACCCUCAGCCAGCAGCAGUGCAGAGCUUCCAGGAGGAGGAGGAGGAGUGCUGAGCCCCCCCCCGUCACCCCAAGCAGCCUCUGCAAGCCCCGGCGGCUCUACAUCAGCUUCAGCGACGUUGGCUGGGAGAACUGGAUCAUCGCCCCCCAGGGCUACCUGGCCAACUACUGCCUGGGUGAGUGCCCCUUCCCGCUGACCGCCGAGCUCAACAGCACCAACCACGCCAUCCUCCAGACCAUGGUGCACUCGCUGGACCCCGAGGGGACCCCCCAGCCCUGCUGUGUCCCCGUCAGGCUCUCCCCCAUCUCCAUCCUCUACUACGAUAACAGCGACAACGUGGUGCUGAGGCACUAUGAGGACAUGGUGGUGGAUGAGUGCGGCUGCAGAUAGUGGCAUGUGCGCUGCAGGGCCCAGCUGGAGCCAUGGAUGGGUGCUGGAAUAAAUCCAAGUGUGUUAAAUCCCCCCUGUGCUGGUAUUGAGGGAGUUUCCCAUUGGUGCAGCCCUUCCGUCGGUGCAGCCUCCCAUUGGAGGUGCCCUUCUCCACGUGCAGUUUUGGGGGGUUCUUGCAUUAAGAGGUUGGUGCUGGAGGUGUGAUUUAGCAGGAGCUGGUGCAGCUCCACACAGCCUCUGGGGUUAUGAUCAGCUCUGGUGCUGGUUCCCUGCCCUGUUCUCCGCGGGUGAUGGCAGCACCAGGUUGGGAAUCCCAGACCCCUCGUGCUUGGCUGAACUGCUGCUGGUGCCAGCGAGGAGAGCGCAGCCGCGGGGCUGCUGCUUUCCAGCUUUUUGGCUGAAUGCUGUAGAUUUGUGCAAACAGAAAUGACUGUUUUUAGUGACCUGCUGCUGGUGGUGCCCCCGGUGCGGAGCGGGGCUGCGGCAGCUCCAGUCCUGCUGCAGGAAGAGGUAUGUUGUCACUGCGGGAGCUGCGGCUCCGGGUGACUGAAUCCCUUCCCGCAGGGCAGAGCGUGGAGGGGCGAGCACCGGGUUCUCUUGCUGGGGGAACUGGGGGUGGCCAUGGCACGGGGGGGUGGCUGCUGCACGGUGGUGUUUUGGCUGAGGAUGGGGGUGAAGCAGCGGGAGGUGAUGCUCCAGUGCAGAGCUGGAGGUGUGGGGGGGGGAGUUGCUCCCUCCCAGCCUGCUGUGAGUCCAGGUUUAACUCGCCUCAUGUGCGAAGUGAUGAGACCAGGGUGGUGUGUCCGUCCCUGUGCCGGUGGCUGGGACCAGCCGGAACCUUGGCUGGAGCCAGAUGGCAGCCGAGCAUCAGCCCCGCUCUGUCAGGCCCCAUUUGUGGUUCAGUUUUCAUUUGGUGUUUGGGUUUUUGGGGGGAACAGAAGCAGAAUCCACGUUAGACUUGAAUUCUUUGUCUUUUUUUUAAUGUGAACCUGAGCCCAGCUCCUGGUUGGUUUUGUCUGUGUUUUGCCUCCCUGCUCUGCUGCAGUAUUCCCUUCCCCUCGGGGAGGCACUACAGGUUUAACCACUGUUGGGGUUGCUGAGGAAGGGGGGUGCUGGCCCCUGCGAGGGUGUUUCUGCCAACACCCUGUCAUGAGGAGCAGAAGCCCAACCCAGGAGCAGCUCAAGGACUGUAGCUGUGUAGUUUACUAAUGUUUUCAUGUCCAACUGUGUUUCUGGAGUAGCAGAAAGCACCACACCUGCACUCUGCUUUACUCCAGUGGAUGAACAAGAGCUAUGCUGGAGCCCAUUUCAAGCACUUAAAUGGUUUAAGGGCUUAGAGGAGGGCUUGACCAAGGCAAAAGCCCCUUCUUUCAAGUUUAGGAUAGGCAGGAUUAAGAAAACCUGUAAGUAUUUGGGGUUUUGUACCUGUGCUGGGGCAGACUCAGAGCCUGAAGGACUCAGCUCACUUAACACAUAGUAAUGCCAACUCCUAACCUGGUUCUGCAACAUGAUGAAUGGCAACUGUUCACCUCUAUCACAGAGACAUAAGGAGGUGGGUUACAGUGACCAAACAUGGAGAGGCCCUGGAGUAGCUGCACUGAGCUCAUACACAGGCCUGGGCCCUGCUCUAACACAGGUAAAAGCCAUUCCCACAUUUACUGGAGGAGGGAGACGUUCCAGGUGGGACUGGUCACCUCUGGAACCAGCCUCAGCCUUUGGUAACUCCUGUGGCUCCCCCUGCACCCCGCACACAGUCAUGGACCACCCCAGGGCUCACAGUAGCCCCCCCUGAGCCGGAAGAAGGGAGGGGAGAGGGCAUUUAACAAGAGUGGUCACAGUUUGUUGCUUACCCGUGUUUGCUCUGCACAUCCCCACUUUUGUACUAGUCUGUGUUAAAAACGAGUAAUAAACUUGAGGUUUAUACAAUCAGA